CUUAUCUCUCAAUUUGUACUGUAUACUUUGAUCUCUCACUCUUUCAUCAUUAUUUAAGUCAUUGUCUUUUUCACACUCUUUUAUUAUUGCUAUGUCAUGUUGACCAACUAGAAAAAUCGGCUUCUCAUCAGCAUUAUCGUUGAUCGAAAAAUUUCUAGAGUUAUGAAAUUGUAUACGUAAAAAAAGGUUGACAAAACAAACGCGCUUUCUUAAAAUAUUCUGAACAUGAGAUUCCAUUUUCCUUUGACAGUUCAACAUUGGUGAUACAACAUAUUUAAAAAAGUUCAAUGGUAAAAAACAAUGAUCUUCUCAACCAAUCAGAAUUGAAUACAUUUCCAACAGCCACCGAGCUAUCCGAAAAUUUUUUUUUUUCAAAAGAUUUGAAUGAUUUCAUCCAGAUACGUGAGAUUAUUGGUGUAGAUCGUGACCGGCUGUUUGAUUAAGUUAGUCAGUAAUAAAUAACCAACUUCAAGCCAGAAAUCUAACGCAAAAUGCAAAUGUUAACAAAGUUCGAAUCAAAAAGUAAUCGUGUCAAAGGGAUUGCAUUUCACCCUAAACGUCCCUGGAUUCUUGCUUCCCUUCACAACGGCUGUAUACAAUUAUGGGAUUAUCGUAUGGGCACCCUUUUGGAACGUUUUGAUGAACAUGAUGGCCCUGUUCGCGGAAUUGCGUUCCAUCCAACACAGCCACUAUUUGUAUCAGGCGGUGAUGAUUAUAAGAUUAAAGUUUGGAAUUACAAAACUCGUAAAUGCUUAUUUACUUUAAACGGACAUUUGGAUUAUGUUCGAACGGUUUUCUUUCAUCACGAGUACCCUUGGAUUCUUAGUGCUUCCGAUGAUCAAACAAUUCGAAUUUGGAAUUGGCAGUCAAGAAAUUGCAUUGCGAUUUUGACCGGUCAUAAUCAUUAUGUUAUGUGUGCGCAAUUUCAUCCAAAAGAAGACUUAGUAGUAUCUGCAUCUUUGGAUCAAACUGUGAGAAUAUGGGAUAUUUCAGGUCUCAGGAAAAAGAAUGCUGCACCUAGUUCUAUGACUCUCGAAGAUAGCUUGCAUAGAUCAGCUGCAACCCAAGCUGAUAUUUUUGGUAGCACAGACGCAAUUGUUAAAUAUGUUUUAGAAGGGCACGACCGUGGUGUCAAUUGGGCGACUUUCCAUCCCACCCUUCCCUUAAUUGUGUCAGCUGGAGAUGAUCGGCAAAUAAAAUUAUGGCGAAUGAAUGAAUCUAAGGCAUGGGAAGUGGAUACAUGCCGUGGGCAUUUUAAUAACGUAUCUGCUGCUCUUUUUCAUCCAAGACAAGAGUUAAUUAUUUCUGAUGCUGAAGAUAAAACAAUUCGAGUUUGGGACAUGUCAAAGAGAACACUCGUUCAAACUUUUAGGCGCGAACAUGAUAGAUUCUGGGUUUUGACAGCUCAUCCUGAAUUAAAUCUUUUUGCAGCUGGUCACGACAAUGGUCUUAUUGUGUUCAAGCUUGAGAGGGAACGUCCAGCAUAUGCAGUUCAUCAAAAUAAUUUAUUUUAUAUUAAAGACAAGUACUUGCGUGUUUUCGAUUUCGCCAACGCUUCAGAUGUAUCGGUGCUUUCAGUACGAAAAAUUGGUGGUCAAUAUGUUCAUCCACGAUCUUUAUCGUAUAAUCCUGCCGAACGUGCUGUUAUAAUAACAACGCCUACGGACGGUGGUACGUUCGAUUUAUUUCAUUUGCCCAAAGAUUUUAGCGGCGAACCACGAGAAGUUUCAACGGACGGUAAACGUGGUGCUGGUAAUUCGGCAAUAUUCAUAGCUAGAAAUCGAUUUGCAGUACUUGAUAAGACACGUCAACAAAUUGAAAUUCGUGACUUAUCAAAUGCUACGACCAAAUCAGUUAAACCUCCAGCAACUGUUAAUGAGAUAUUUAGUGCUGGUAGUAGUAACCUUUUACUUCUUAGCACACCUACUUCAGUCAUUCUAUAUGAUAUUCAACAACGUCAAACCGUUGCUGAAAUUAAUACACCUCCUGUCAAAUAUAUUGUAUGGUCUUCCGAUCAUAGUCAAGUGGCUCUUCUAAGCAAGCAUACGAUAACCAUUGCUAAUAAGACAUUAGAACAAAGCUGCUUAAUUCAUGAGACAAUUAGAAUCAAAAGCGGUGCAUGGGAUGAUGCGGGUAUAUUUGUAUAUUCUACUCUUAACCAUAUCAAAUACGCUCUUCCACAAGGUGAUAAUGGUAUUAUCCGUACGCUUGAUCAGCCAGUAUAUUUAACCAAAGUUAAAGGCAAAAAUGUUCAUUGUCUUGAUAGAGAUAGUAAGACACGUAUAAUUAGCAUAGAUCCAACAGAAUAUCGCUUCAAACUUUCACUAAUAAAGCGCAAUUACGACGAAGUACUGCAAAUUAUCCGUAACUCGAAUUUGGUUGGACAAGCUAUUAUUGCAUAUUUACAAAAAAAAGGAUAUCCGGAGAUCGCUUUGCAUUUUGUAAGAGAUGAUAAAACUCGAUUUGAUCUUGCAUUAGAAUGUGGUAAUAUCGAAGUUGCAUUGGAAACAGCAAAAGCAAUGGACCGAGAUGAUUGUUGGAAUAAAUUAGGUGCAGAAGCAUUACGUCAGGGCAAUCAUAUGGUUGUUGAAAUGGCGUAUCAAAGGGUUAAAAAUUUUGAUCGCCUUUCAUUUUUAUAUUUGGUAACCGGCAAUGUUGAGAAACUGAGGAAGAUGUUAAAGAUUGCAGAGUUACGAAAUGAUAAUAUGUCAAGAUUCCAUAAUUCACUUUUCUUAGGUGACGUUGAAGAACGUGUUCGUCUCUUGAAAGAAGUUGGUCAAUUACCAUUGGCGUACCUUACCGCUCGUAGUCACGGUCUUAUGGAGGAGGCUGAAUCAAUUUUAGCUUCUACAGGUCUCACCACCGACGAUAUUUCGGAUUUGCCUGCAACUGGACAAUUACUUAAACCUCCCAUGCCAAUUAUUAGGCAACAUGAUUCUAAUUGGCCAUUAUUAACUGUAUCACGUUCAUUCUUUGAUAGUGCCUUCACUAAUACUGAUAGUAAUCCGCUUGCUGCUCCUCUCGCAUUAGCUGAAGGUAUUGAUGAUAUUGGAGGUGACUGGGGAGGUGAUGACGAUUUUGGACUUAAUGUCGACGUUGAAAAAGUUGAUGAUCAACGAAUAGGAGGAGAAGUCGUUGAAGAAGGAUCUGGAUGGGACAUUGACGUUGAUCUAAAUGUUCAACUCGAUAAAGAAAUUGCCAAGGAACUUGCAAAUGGAGCACAAGGUGAAUUUAUACCUCCAACUUCAGGUACUAAUGAAUCUGAAUUAUGGGUGCACAAUUCUCCUUUAGCUGCUGAUCAUGUUGCUGCCGGAUCAUUCGAAACUGCCAUGCAGCUUCUUAAUAGACAAGUUGGCGCGGUUAAUUUUGAACCAUUAAAAUCACACUUUUUGAAAACUUUCCAAGCAACGCGAACAUACUUGCCUUGUAAUGUUUCAUUACCUCCUCUUGUAUAUCACAUUAGACGUAAUCCUGAAGAAACAGAAACUCGAAGAAUGUUACCUGUUCUUCCAUAUAAUUUUCAAACAAUCAUCUCAGUACAGCUUCAAGAGGCGUAUAGAACGACUACUGCUGCUAAAUUCCAGGAAGCAACGAUACAAUUUAGAAACAUUAUUCAUUCAAUUUUAUUAAUUGCAGUAUCAAAGAAAUCAGAAAUUGAUGAGGUACAUCAACUCAUUGAAGUAUGUCGUGAAUAUAUUGUUGGUCUUUCAAUGGAACAAACGCGUCGUAAAUUUACAUUGGACAGUCCAGAAAAUACGAAGCGCGCUUUAGAAUUAGCUGCGUACUUUACUCACUGCAGGCUGCAGCCAGCUCAUUUGCAACUAAGUUUGCGAUCGGCAAUGACAUUAAGUUUCAAGGCCAAAAACUGUUUAACAGCUUCGAUGUUUGCUAGGCGGCUAUUGGAAUUGGCACCACCGCCACAAGUUGCCACUUCGGCUCGUCAAAUUCAGACAAUCGCAGAUAAUACUCCAAGAGACGAAAUUACUUUAGAUUAUGAUCAAUACAACCCAUUUGUAGUAUGUGCUAUAUCAUAUGCACCCAUCUAUAAGGGUAGUUCUUCGGUAGAAUGUCCUUAUUGUCAUGCAUCAUAUUUAACUGAAUAUAAAGGAAAACUUUGUACCGUUUGUGAUGUAUCACAAAUCGGCGCCAAUUCCACCGGUUUAAAGGUUUAUGUGUAGACUUGACUUGUAGUAAUGCAAAUAGUGCACUUCUCUAAUAUUUAUACAUUUAUUACACUAAAUUAAGUAUACCUCAAUAUUUUUAGUUUUAAUAUAUACAUGAGAAGAGGUUGGACUUUGAUUUUAUUUAAAAACCUCAUAUUUAAUUACUUUUUAAAAAAUGAUCUUAAAAUAAUUCUUAAUUUGAAUAGAAAAAAUUACUUAUGAUUAUAAAAAUAAAACAUUAUGAA